UGGGCCUAGGCCCCCCCUUGCCCGGGCAAGGGGUUGACCGCUGGAACUACUCGUACUGGUAAACCAAACCCUACCAAUUUCUCCACUGAAACUCUGGCGAUGGAAUUCCAAGAAAUUUUCGUAGUGGCAACAAGCACUGUAGGCUUUAUCUCUCUUUGUAAACCCAUCAUAAGUUUUCUCAGAUGGGUAUGGGUCGUGUUUCUGAGACCCCCAAAGAAUUUCAAGGACUAUGGCUCAUGGGCUCUCAUCACUGGCUCCACUGAUGGAAUUGGAAAAGCCCUUGCCUUUGAAAUGGCUUCAAAGGGCCUUAACCUUGUCUUGGUUGGUCGAAACCCUUCAAAGCUUGAGGUUACCUCCACUGAAUUACAUGAAAAAUAUGGUGGGCAAAUUCAGAUUAAGAACAUUGUCAUUGACUUGGCCAAGUUCAGUGGGGAGGAGAUAGGAAAUGCGAUAGAGGAAGGAAUAAAAGGCCUUGAUGUUGGCAUUUUGAUUAAUAAUGCAGGGGUGGCUUACCCUUAUGCAAGGUUCUUUCAUGAGGUUGAUUUGGAGCUGAUGGAGAGCACUAUGAAGGUGAACAUAGAGGGGGCCACUUGGGUGACUAAGGCAGUGCUUCCAAUUAUGCUUAAGAAGAAGAAAGGAGCAAUUGUCAACAUUGGCUCUGCUUCCUCUGAGAUCCUCCCUUCUUACCCUCUUUACACUGUUUAUGCUGCCUCCAAAGCGUACAUUUCAAUGUUCUCAAAAUCCAUUAGUUUGGAAUACAAGAAGCAUGGAAUUGACGUUCAGUGUCAGAUUCCUAUGUUGGUGGCAACAAAGAUGACAAAGUUAAAGCCAUCUUCCUUCUUCGUUGCAUCACCAGAGAUGUACAGCAAAGCAAGCAUGAGAUGGAUUGGCUAUGAGCAUCUGUGCACACCCUAUUGGGGUCACUCUGUGCAGUGGCUCAUAAUACAUGUUUUGCCUGAUGUGUUGUUGAAUGCCAUCAUCCUUAGGUACUUCAUUGGGAUGCGAAGGAGAGGCCAAUUGAAGGAGGCACAGAACAAAAGUAAACAAAUGUAGCCAGCAACAGAAAAAUUUAUGAGUUGCAUUUGAUGCAGCAUUGAAAUUGUGCUCAACUAGAUAUUACUUUUUCUGGAUGAA